AUCCAAAUAUGUAAACAUAUCGAUCAGGUCAACUUUGACUUGCUGUAUCAUAAAAUCAAACAUUAAAACAAGAAAUCGCAUACCAUACCUCGACAGUCUCAAAAAUUUCGUAUUUCUCAGCGUAGUUAGAAAACUCCGGCGGAAUAAGCAGAGGUUUUUUGGUUGCAUCCAUGAUCGACAAAAAUAUACGGUAAUUUUUUCACAAAAUUUCAAAGUUUAUAGCAACCAAACAUACACUUGAGCCUGCGUUCGGGAUGGACAUAGCGUGGAUGUCGUCAUAGCAACCAGCAUGGCAACAGCUUGGCGGUUUUCCCGCUAUUUUGUAAAUUUUGCCUUUUUAUUCGAAAAUUUUAAUAGUUCAUCUAGUUUUGCAAAAUUUUCAAAUUAGUUGUAUAUUCUUCACAUCAAAAAAGUAGUUAAAAAUAUCGUAAUUUUCAAAUUUUGUAUUAUUUUUGGGUUUCAAUACUCGUCCCCAGCUUUUAUGCGGUUUUCAAUUGCUCGCGCGAUCGCCCUAGUUGCCAUGCCAACUUUAAAGCCCAAAUAAACACAGCAGGUUUUGUGCAGUAAAAUACUGUUGUAGCCAAACAGCUCGCUUAUUUUGGUGUAAACUUAAGACGAGGAAACUAGAGCGAAAUAUAGAAAAGGUAAGUUAUAUGUUAGCAAUUUUUUUGAAAUAUCCAGAAUUAUAAACAGGAUUAUUAUUAAAAGGCACUUUUAAAAUUCUUGAAAUCAUUUGGUAAUUUGAUACUUUUGAAAUCAUUCGAAUCAUAUAUAGCAUUCUAGCCCAUUCUUUCUGAAUUGAGUAGCAUAUAUGUUUUUUUAGCAACCUAUAAAGUCUUAGCGUAUUUUAUAAUGUAUUCUGUACUAAAGAGUGCAUUUUAAACAGUAUUUUAAAAUAUUGGAAUACGAAUUCAAUUGAAUCAUGUUUCACUAAGCUUUCUUUGUCUUUCUGUUUAGAUAUCAAAUUAAGAAUUGAGCUGAAAAUGACAACGCUUGGUAUACAACGAGAAUCUCUUUUGAACAAUCCAUUACUUCAGAAGGUAUUCACGAUUCACAAAUUAAAAUAUUUUAGCAGAUAUAAAAUACUUUUCAUUCCAUAUUGGAAUUGUAGAUAUUUCAAAUUUCAGUAUAUGUAGCAUUUUUGCAUGUAACUAAUCUGGGAAUAACCAUAUUCUAUAGAGUGAACUUGGAAGACCACUGAAACGCUGUUUCACUCUGCCACCUGAUGGCUUUACAUAUGGCAGACCAAACCUCUACACAGGAAACGGAGCUGCCGGAGGUAAUUAAUAAAGUUAAUUAACAAGUGACGAUGUUAUUGUCACAAUUUGUGUUUGUAUUUUAAUAUCAACGAGAGAGCACAACAGUUUGAACUUAAGCCCUAUAGUGUGAUCACUCGAUCUUGUAUCAUUGUCUCAUUUGCACUGGAGUAAAUUAGGAUUAAUGCCCUAUAAUUACGUUAUAGCUACAUGGAUUUUAAGAUGCGAGUUCCAACAUUGCCUUUUCAUAAUUUGUCUGGUAUCAGCUAAGAUUAUGCUAAGCUGUCAGUCAAAACUAUGGAGAAUGUCAAUAGUCUGUUGACUCCAUUCUCUGCUCACCAGGAAACCAUGGGAACAAGGUCACCCAACUAUACUCAUAUACAAUCUCUCAUGUUUUGAAAUGAACAUUGAUUAAAAUCAACAUUAAUUUUUCUUGUAGCUCUUUGCUCCUGGAAUGUCGUUAGGCCGAGUGCGGCAACACAACCUCAGGAACGCGAUUUUGUCAAAUUAAAUAAGAUGGCCGUCCAAGCAGGCUUGACGUCAGCACCUGAACAGUAUCAAUUCAGAGCUACUCAUGAUGUGAAAGUAUCAUCUGCAUCCAAAGAUAGGUCAUUGAAUAAAUUAAAGAAAAUCCCACCUUCAAUGGUGUUUGGUGUUCCAACAAGGUAGGAUGAGAGGGCAAUAUCUUAUGGACUUUCUGACCAUGCCCACACCUAAAUCCACAGUAUCACACCUAAUGAUAAAGGCCUAAUGACCACGCCCAUUGACCACACCCACAUUCACUGUACAGUGCCUACCACACCCACCUACAUCACUCAACUACCACACACACUUACACCACACCCACCUACACCACCUAACCACAACACCCAACUACCACACCUAACCAAUGCAACAUCUAACCAAUGCACCCACCCACCCAACUACCACACCCACCUACACCACACCCAACUACCACACCCACCUACACCACACCCAACUACCACACCCACCUACACCACACCCAACUACCACACCCACCUACACCACACCCAACUACCACACCCACCUACACCACACCCAACUACCACACCCACCUACACCACACCCAACUACCACACCCACCUACACCACACCCAACCACCACACCCACCUACACCACACCCAACUACCACACCCACCUACACCCAACUACUACACCCAAACACCACACCCAACUACCACACCUACCUACCACAUAGGUUCAGUGAGUGCAGUCUUCAGCCUGUCCCCCCCCCCCCUUCCAAACACACCCACCUAAUAUUGAGUGCCUCAGUUGCUCCCCCUUCAAUGCUGGCUGCUGAAUUUCUCAAAAGAAGGGAUGAAAUGCCUUGAUAAACUAUAUGAAACUGAACCUUUUUAAUUUCUUGCAGACCUUCAACACCAGUGUUUGAUCUCCUGGCACACAAAUAUCAGGAGAAAUGGAUCGAGGAAAGACGAAGAGCUGAAGAGGCAUUGAGAGCCAAACAAGACCAAAAGGUAAAUAAUCUGUUUACUAUCUUUUAAGACUGGUUUAAACUAUCAAAGGUUUUGAAGGAUUUGUAAGAAAUAUUUGAGGGAACUGACUUAGUGUUUAACAGUGAAACAGUUUCCUCAAACAUUUCUUACAAAUCCUUCAAAGAAUUUACCUAUGCAAAAUUCCUACUGUGAUCACAGAAACUUUAAUAUCAAGUGAAAAAGUCCGUUAUAAGACGAACACGCACACACAUUCCCAAUUUGCCUGGAUGUCAGACAUGUUUGGAAGAACACACGGUGUAACUCAACAUUCAUGUUUAAUUUGUCAUUUCAGAAGCGUGUUGGACGAGACAUAUACGAAACUAGAGCAUCGCUUCUACGAAAACAUCAGCCACAAGUCGAUGGCACGCCGCUAUGGCACAUGAAGAAAUUUGAAAAGGUAAUCUUUGCACUAAUAAAUACCGCUCAAGGUAGUGACGAAGAAUAUACAACUACACACAUAAAACACAAGUUGUAACAAACCUGCAGCAGACUUGUAGCAAUGCUGUUCCAACAACUUGUCAACAGGAUGUGUUCGCACUGCUUGUUCCCAGCUUGUUGACAACUUGCUACAAGGUUGUUGAGCUCAACAGACUUGUUACAAGUUGUUCCAACAACUUGUUAUCGUCCUGCAAUUCAACAAUUUGUCAACAAGUUGUGAGUGACAACCUUGUAGCAACUUUGAUAAAAUAACAGCAUUGUUACAACUUGUUGACAAGCUUGCUACAAGCCUGUUGCGAACACUUCUCUCUUCUUGUUGAAAAGUUGUGAUAUUUUUAUGUGUGUAGUUGUUUACAUCGAGGUUAUAACUUAUAUAGCGAUCUCUUCCUGAAUGCCCACAUUUCGUCUUGCGUUAACAUUUAACAAAUAUAAAACAUUUUCCGUGUUGAUAUACAGUUAUAUCAACACGAGUGGAAUUGGGAAAACGAGAAAUUGUAUGGAAACACGACGCCCGAAGGGCGGAGUGUUUUCAUACAAUUUCGAGUUUUCCCAACUUCCACGAGUGUUGAUAUAACUAUAUAUCAACACGGAAAAAAUGUUUUAUAUUUUUUUUAUAAUAUAGCAAUGUGAAAAUCCCGAAGGAUAAGAAAAAUUUCGUGUCUACAAGCGGCGGAAAAUUUCCCGUGUUGACAUUGAGUUAUAUCAACACGGCUCUUAGCCAAUCAGCGUUCAGAAUUUACAAACGCUAUAUUAUAAUGUGUUUUCGUUCUCCAUGUAGAUUUCACCGAAACUUGAAACUUUCCGAACUUCAGAAGCAAAAACUCAAGCAUUCAAACACCAUGGGUCUGACAGUACUUCAAGGAAAGGCGUUUUUGGCCACGGACUUUACGAAACAGCAAAAACAUAAUCUACAUGCAUACAUAGACAAUUUAUAUAGAGUGGGGAAAACUACAUUUUUAGACAUAGACUUACAGACUACGGAAUACUUUGAUAAACAAUCCAGUUAGAUUUAGCAGUAUACUGAUUAUUACUGAGAGUGUAAAUAUUUUUAUAAUCUGUAUGUUGUAAUGCAGAAAUAAACAGAACUAUAACCUUUUCAAUGACUACAUAUUCUACUAUUAUGGGGUGUUUUUAAAUUCCGAACAUUUUUUAGGCCAUGCCCAUGUUACAUGUACAUUUUGUGAUUUUGUCAAUAUACUGUAUCUUCAACAACCCACGUACUUCGUAGUCUUCGUGAAAUACGAAUCGUGUUACCGGUUGCAUGCUUUUAUAUACUACGAAACUGAAUCUUUUUAGUUUUGUCAACAUAGGUCUAAUACUGAUUAGGCAUGUAUAUUUUUGUCAAUAAUACAAUAUAUCUUCAACAACACAAUUACUUCGUCAAAGCUCCUCUAUUACACCUUUCACUAUUUAGUCAAUUCUCUUUUAAUCCCAGCGGUAUAAGAUUGUCUAGUUUAUUCAUAUCGUAAAAAAACCAGUAAAAGACAGAUUUCACUAAGCACAGGGGCGUGGCGAACGACUCCAGAUUGGGGGGGGGGGCGUCAUACCAUAAUGACCAACUUUUUCAAUGAAAAUGACCAACGUUUUCGUGUUUAAAAAAAUUUUUCUCGAAAAAAAAUUUUCGGUCAGUGUACCAUUUUAGGGGUAAAAAAAAUUUUCCGGACCUAUCGCAUUUUUCGCGACAUUAAAAUUUUUUCGGAUAUCACAAAUUUUCUCCGUUUAUCAAAGAACUUUUUCUAAAAUCCUGAAAAUUUUUUGGAUUUUCUAAAAUUUUUGUAAAUAAUAUAAGAUUUCGUUUAAUAUUUAAAUAAUUGCUUUGACCAACUUUUCAAAAAUUUUGACCAACUUUUCAAAGUUCAGAAUUAUUGCCCAAGACCCCCAGUCACCACGCCCCUGACUAAGCACUAUCGAGCAGCAGAUGGUGGUCAUGCAACCUUAUCAGAGUAGAAUGUUAAUUCUUCUUAUUGUACAUAUGUAAGUAGACUAUAGUACUGUAUUUUGUGAUCAAUAACUAGAAUUGAGAGACUUUAAUUUGCUCGCUCCUAUAACUAUAAGUAUUAACCUUUUUGACCACCAUCAAUUUCUUUUGAAUUGUGAGUGGUCAAUUAGAACUGCUUCACAAUUCAAAAUAAAUUCACUGAAAAUAUUUCGACGACGAAAUAUUUCUCUGAGUGGAAAUCCACCACUGAUACUGUAACCCAUGGAUCAAGAUAUAUGUCUAACAUUUGCAUAAUGCAAUAAGCAAUAAGCACUCCAUGAAAGAAUGCUAAAUAUUUAACCAAUAUGCACUUCUAAACAAAUAACAUGAAAUAAGAUUCCACCUAUCUUAUUGCUCCAGUUUUUCUUUCUUUGUCGCUGGUUCCUCAGUGCUUCCCGAUAAUGUUUCCCUCUUCUUGGGAGAUUUUUUAAACCAAUUGGUGAUUUUACCCCUUUGUGCUUUUUUCUCAGCAAGAGAUCUGGAAAGGAUAAC